AUGGAGGACAGUCAAGAACGCAGGUCGUCAGGAGCAUCGCCCGAGGCUGAUAUUGUUAUCAAGGGCACAAGGUUCAGCAACUGCUUGAAUAGCAACAUUCCAGAACGUCGCAAGUUGAAAAUCGCAAGAGCUAGGACUCGGGCUCGGGCUCGACGCCACCCAAGCACUUAUGGUAGAGACAGGAAUCAAACUCCACCAACUCGUCCGCCUCUUGGGAGCUCACCAUCGGUUGGGAUAUCUUCAGCCAGCGCCCCACAGGCUGUGGAAAACGAGCGACAGAGUCCGGCAAACCUCUCUGACUCCGUCGCGGGAGACGGCACUGCAACCACCGCUGACGCGGUCCCAACACUCAAUCAUCUUACAGCCGAUGGCGAAGCGCACAUGGUCUCCAUUGCACAGAAGAAACCGACGUCUCGCUCCGCGACAGCUACCAGCUUGCUCCUCUUCUCGCACGAAGGCACUUACAGCGUGUUAUUUGCUUCACGUCUUCAAAAAGGCGAUGCCAUGGCUGUGGCCCGCAUCGCGGGUAUACAAGCCGCGAAGAAGACCUCUGAUCUCAUCCCACUCGCCCACCCGGGGCUCAACAUCACAGGCGUCACCGUCCGCCUGGAGCCCUUCAAGGGAGACAGUGUGCCCUUUCCUCUCUCAGAAGCGUUCAAGCAACCGCACGUGGCUGCUGACGUCGAGACCCUCCACGGCGGAGUCCUCGUCACAGCCACGGUCGCAUGCGAGGGCAAGACGGGCGUGGAAAUGGAAGCCAUCACUGCCGCCUCCGUGGCCGGACUGACCAUGUACGACAUGCUCAAAGGCGUGGACAAAUGCAUGGUUCUAACAAGCACACGGGUCACCGCGAAAAGUGGUGGCAAGUCUGGAGACUGGGAGUGGGACCAUAAAUCACACCAACGCAUUGUCCGCCACGACCAGAAACCCACCUCUGGUGAGCGCCAGAAAUCCCCGACCAAACAACAGAAGAUCCAAAGCGCUGUUCAGGAGACCACAAGGACCGCCCCCGUGACGGCGGAGGACAUGAAGCUCCAACGGCUGAAGCGGUGGAGCAACCACCACGAAGCCAACCGAGAGCAGGCAGGAUAA